AGUGUACCCUGUGUUUCUUGUUCAGCCAAUCCAAGUCACGCCCCUCAUUUCCGUUAUUCCUCGCACCUGUGUUUCUCCCUAAUUGUCUCCCUUCUUAAACCUCCCUCAGUCACAACCAAGCUGCCAGAUUAUCGAACGCUUUCAGCUAGUAGUUUUCCAGCACUCUUACCUCGCCCUUAUAAUCACGACCACGCCUUGUUCCUCGGACCUGUCCCUUUUGCCUCGCCCUUGUCGGACUAUUACUGAUUGCCUUUCUGGAUCUCGACCCACGCCUGUUACUGUAACUCCGCUCUCGCCCACUCCCACGGAUUCUGUUCUCUGUCCCGAUCGUGUAUGACCUCCGCCCGUCUGACUAGGAUUCAGGAUCUGGAUUUGGUUCGUCUGCUUCCCCCACAAGUUGGCACGCUGCCCUGCAUCAGCGCUUCCCUCCCCAGGCACUUCGUCCCGAGCUCUGCGUCAGCGCAGCAUCUGCUCCACUCCUUGUUCCUCAGCCGAUCCCCACAUUUACUGAACGCCAGUGCUGCAGCUGACGAUCCUGUGCCCGGUUCAAGCUGCCUUUUAAUAAAUAUCAGAUUUACUGCUCACUCCUGUGUCGUGGCUGAAUUUCUGGGUCCCUCUAGUGUACCAUUACAGUAUAAUCUGGCCACUAUGGACCCAUCGCACGCACAGGAAUGGCGCGCUACAGUAGAGAAAUCCAUUAUUAAAUUGGAAGCUAAUAUGGAGGAAAUGAUGUCUAUGCUGUCAAAGUUGACAAACCCCACAGCGCCUCCUAGUGCCUCGGCUGCCCCACGACAAGCUCCUCCUCAGCUGGUGCGGUUACCUCUUCCGCAGGAGCCCCGUCUUUCCCCCCCUGAGGUUUUCUGUGGUGAGCCUAGCCAAUGUCGGCCCUUUAUUACCCAGUGUGAGAUUCAUUUUGAGCUUCAGCCCAGCUCUUUUCCCUCUGAGCGAGCUAAGGUUGCUUACAUGAUUUCUUUACUAUCUGGCAAAGCUAAGAUUUGGGGUACGGCUGAAUGGCAGAAAGACUCCAUCUUGAUUGGAAUGAUGAAGCCUUGUGUGAUGCCUUUUACCAAGGUCUGA